GUUUUCCGUUGUAAAACAUUUUUGCUACAGCGUUCCUUACUGAAAACUACUCUACCCAGACAACAAUGUUGCAGACAUCAGCACUGCAAUCUGUUAAAGACACUUGUGUAACAACCCGUUCCCAUUAUUUUUUUGUUAUGAAACGAAGAAAAUGCAGUAUUAUGUGACGUCACGUGCCCAGUGACUGAGUGGACUCUCCUCUUUGUCCUGUUGCUGACCACUAUCUUUUCAAUGACAUCCUACUGACUGAACGGUCAUUUGUUUUGUAAACUCUAUAGGCAACAAUACUUCCCACCAUGCAGUUGGAGGCCCAGCUGCGUCUUUGUCAGAGCUGUCUAUGGUGCUGCAAGAGCGGACUGCGCCUGCUCUUUCAGAGCUCUGUGCACAGAGCGGCAUUUAACCACUACGACCUUCUUGGUGUGAAACCUGAUGCCACACUGGAGCAAAUCAAGAAUGCAUUUUUCGAUAAAUCAAAAAAGAUGCACCCAGACAGUGACCCGUCUAACCCGGGGCUGCAUGGCCAGUUUGUGGAGCUGAACGAGGCCUACAGGGUGCUGAGUAAGGAGGUGUCUAGGAGAGAGUACGACCUGCGGCUACGGCACCCUUACACUGGGGGACAGGCCUUCAGACCCACCUCCACAUACAACCCCAGGGCGGAAGCUCAGGAGAGUAUGCGCUACUGGGAUCAGUUCAAACACUCUCAGCCUCAGGAGACCACAGCUGAGGAGUGGGAGAGGAAGAGGAAGAGGAACUUUAGAAUAGUUAGCUACUGUAUGCUCAUCAUGGGCCUGAGCAUCAGCACUCACGUUCUCUUCUUCAGAAAGUUGGAGUCAAUCCAUAACAACUUCAUGGACGAGAAGGACAGGGUCAUCACACAGAUCUACAAAGAGUCCAAAGAAAGGGCAAGAGUGAACGGGUUUAAGAAGCAGACACAGAUUCUCAGACAGAAACAUGCAGACUUCCUGGAGAAAUACAAAAUCACUCGCAACAAUGGAGAGGACAAGUAGGAGUUUCGUAGAAUAAGAGUACACCUUAAAACAAGGUAGAUUGAGUUGGCGGAAGGCCAAUGAAGAGGAAUGGAGUCAGUCAGGAUGGGGAGUGAACGGUUGAAUGUGUUAGGAGUAGUUAGCUUUCAAAGAAAAUAACAUUGGGGCAAACGUUUAUGAUGUGCACAGCUGACGUUUAUGAUGUGCACAGCUAACGUUUAUGAUGUGCACAGCUGACGUUUAUGAUGUGCACGGCUGACGUUUAUGAUGUGCACGGCUGACGUUUAUGAUGUGCACAGCUGACGUUUAUGAUGUGCACAGCUGACGUUUAUGAUGUGCACAGCUGACGUUUAUGAUGUGCACAGCUGACGUUUAUGAUGUGCACAGCUGACGUUUAUGAUGUGCACAGCUAACAAUUAUGAUUUGCACAGCUGACGUUUAUGAUGUGCACAGCUGACGUUUAUGAUGUGCACAGCUGACGUUUAUGAUGUGCACAGCUGACGUUUAUGAUUUGCACAGCUAACAAUUAUGAUUUGCACAGCUGACAAUUAUGAUGUGCACAGCUGACGUUUAUGAUGUGCACAGCUGACGUUUAUGAUUUGCACAGCUAACAAUUAUGAUUUGCACAGCUGACGUUUAUGAUGUGCACAGCUGACGUUUAUGAUGUGCACAGCUGACGUUUAUGAUGUGCACAGCUAACGUUUAUGAUGUGCACAGCUAACGUUUAUGAUGUGCACAGCUAACGUUUAUGAUGUGCACAGCUAACGUUUAUGAUGUGCACAGCUGACGUUUGCUUGGACCUCGGAUACUAAACUGAGGAGUAAAAUAAAAAAAAGACGUGUAUUAGCUGGGAUAUUGUAACAACAUAGUAUGUAAUGCCUGGGUGAAACUGGAACAGCAUAUGGGGUACAUGUCUUUGUCACAGUAGAAAGUCGACCCCAGCCGUUCUAGGUUUCUUCAGAAGGAGAAUGUUUGUGGAGGUUUAGUCCGGUAUCACAAGACUAACGGCAGUAGGACCUGGUCGUUAGCAGCACUUCUCUUCCUCUGUUGGAUGGAACCAAGACUCCUGUUAGCCAGUUGCUAAUUGGUUCGCAGUGACAUGCCGUUUUCCCCCACGCCCGUUCAGAGGCAGUCUGAUGGGGGUUCAUAUGACAGUGUGAAUUUGCCCACUGGAGGUGCAGUACAGUGUUGCGUACUGAAGACAAAUCAAAGGUAAAGUCCCUUAAUGAUGGAUAAGGGGUGCUGUGCACAGCUGCCCUUGAACCAAUGGGAUUCAGUCAUUGUGCCUCUCUGUGAGUCAAUGAUAUCAUGGAACUCUUGACAUCGCUACUGGGCCCAUGGUGGACCCAAAUACAGUCAUAAAGAGUUUUUCCUGACAAUGAUACCUAUAGGCAAUAUUUUGGGCCUAGAGCAUUUCCUGGUCAUAUGAUGAGGGAAAACUGUUCCCAGAUACAGUGCAUUUGGAAAGUAUUCAGACCCCUUGACUUUUUCCACAUUUUUUUACAUUACAGCCUUAUUCUAAAAUUGAUUAAAUAGUUUCCCCCCCCUCAUUAAUCUACACACAAUACCCCAUAAUGACAAAGUAAAAACCGGUUUUUAGAAAUGUUUGCAAAUUUUAUAAAAAACUAAAAACUGAAAUAUCACAUUUACAUAAGUAUUCAGACCCUUACCCAGUACUUUGUUAAAGCACCUUUGGCAUUCUUUUCUGCAGGUUUUCUCAAGCUCUGUCAGGUUGGAUGGGAAGUGUUGCUGCACAGCUAUUUUCAGGUCUCUCCAGAGAUGUUUGAUCGAGUUCAUGUCCGGGCUCUGGCUGGGCCACACUAGGACAUUCAGAGACUUGUCCCGAAGCCACUCCUGCGUUGUCUUGGCUGUGUGCUUAGGGUCGUUGUCCUGUUGGAAGGUGGACCUUCACCCCAGUCUGAGGUCCUGAGCGCUCUGGAGCAGGUUUUCAUCAAGGAUCUCUCUGUACUUUGCUCCCUUCAUCUUUCCCUCGAUCCCGACAAGUCUCCCAGUCCCUGCCGCUUUAAAACAUCCCACAGCAUGAUGCUGCCACCACCAUGCUUCACCGUAGGGAUGGUGCCAGGAUUCCUCCAGACGCGACACUUAGCAUUCAGGCCAAAGAGUUCAAUGUUGGUUUCAUCAUACCAGAGAAUCUUGUUUCUCAUGGUCUGAGAGACCUUUAAGUACCUUUUGGUCACUCUCCCAUAAAGGCCUGAGUGGUGGAGUGCUGCAGAGAUAGUUGUCCUUCUGGAAGUUUCUCCCAUCUCUACAGAGGAACUCUGGAGCUCUGUCAGAGUGACCAUCGUGUUGUUGGUCACCUCCCUGACCAAGUCCCUUCUCCCCUGAUUGCUCGGUUUGGCCGGGUGGCCAGGUCUAGGAAGCGUCUUGGUGGUUCCAAACUUCUUCCAUUUUAGAAUGAUGGAGCCCACUGUCUUCUCUGGGACCUUCAAUGCUGCAGAAAUGUUUUGGUACCCUUUCCCAGAUCUGUGCCUCGACACAAUUCUGUCUCUGAGCUCUACGGACUAUUCCUUCGACCUCAUGGCUUUGUUUUUGCUCUGACAUGCACUGUCAACUGUGGGACCUUAUAUAGACAGGUGUGUGUGCCUUUUGAAAUCAUGUCUAAUCAAUUGAAUUUACCACAGGUGGAAUCCAUGUUGUCAAAACAUCUCAAGGAUGAUCAAUGGAAACAGGAUGCACCUAAGUUCAAUUUCGAGUCACAUAGCAAAGGGUCUGAAUACUUAUGUAAAUAAGGUAUUUCUUUUUUAAAUUUAUACAUUUGCAAACAUUUCUAAAAACCUGUUUUCGCUUUGUCAUUAUGGCGUGUUAUUUGUAGAUUGAGAUUUUUUUUAUUGAAUCCAUUUUAGAAUAAGGCUGUAACGUAACAAAAUGUGGAAAAGGGGAAGGAGUCUGAAUAGUUUCUGAAUGCACUGUAUAAUGUAUAUUUUUUUAUUGAAAGGACAUGGAAUCAAGAAAAACUUGAAAAUUAAGUCAUAUUAUGACUUUCUAGAAGUGUAUUUAAUUGGACCCUUGUCUGAUGUUGACAAAUUUAUUUUAGGAAUGUUAAUUAUACUAUGGAAAUAUUUGGUUUUAUUGCCCGUGUGGGCAGCUUCAAUCUCUGAGAUGAGUAAAUUGUAUUUCAUUUAUUGCUAUGUUGACUGCUGACUGACACUAACCAUAAUGCCUUGUUUCAGUGUCUUAUUAGUCACAGAUUGUGUUUCAGAGUGAUUUUUUUAUGACCGCAUUUAACUCUUCCCGGUGUCAUUAUAGAUUCAUUCAAUGAUAAAUAAACACUGUUCCUCUGGUCUCAA